GAAUAUGUGCAGUCGAAAUCUGAUCGCGAUCGCGCGGACUUAAAUGUCAUAUGUAGUUAAAGGUGAUUUGAAUCGAUAAAAAUGAGCCUUGUGGCAUUAUUAACUGUACUUUCAAUCGGAGUAUGCAGUUGUCAGUAUCAUCACAACUCACACAAACCGAACCAACCAGAUAGAGAUGAUACUUUAGCAAAAUCCGACAUGGUUAUGGCUUUUGUGGUUUUCCGACACGGCGACCGGACACCAGAUCAAGGAGAACUUAAUAAAUUUCCAAAUUUCAAAUUGGAAAAAAAUGCAUUCUUUCCAUUCGGAAAGAAGGCUUUAACAAACAGAGGCAAGGAAAGAGCAUCCCGGGUGGGUCAAUACCUGAGAGAUCGAUAUGAUGGGUUGAUAUCGAGGCUCUAUCUGCCUGAAGAGGUUCACAUACAGACGACAGACUACGCUCGAACUAAAAUGUCAGUAUUAGUCGCUUUGUCGUCUCUGUACCCGCCGCUGGCCAUGCAGAGGUGGAACCCUCGUCUGAACUGGCAACCCAUACCGUACGACACGCCUCUACGUGAUGAUGAUAGUUUAUUGCAUUUUAAUAACUGUCCAGCUUACGAGCAAUUAAAGAACAAAUUAUAUGAUUUACCAGAGGUUCAAUCGCAUUUGCAAGCAUCCAAAGGUCUGUUUGAAAUAUUAACGGAAAAAACUGGAUAUAAUUUUACUAUUCCAGAAGAAAUUUUCAUGCUGGACAACCUAUUCCAAGCUUUGAACAAUGUAGAUAUACCAACUCCACAAUGGGCUCAGAAAAUUAUGCCUAAUAUAAAAGAAAUGACUAAAUUAGAGUACUUGGUAAUGUUUUAUACAGACGAAUUAAAAAGAAUAUCAGCAGGAGGAAUAUUAGCAGAUGUUGUGAACGCAACAAAAGCAAAAAUAGCUGGUGACAAUGAUCAACCUAAGCUCUUUAUAUAUUCUGCUCAUGAAGACAACGUAGCUUCAUUAUUAGCAGCGUCCAAAGUAUUCGUACCCCACCAGCCUAAAUACGGUUCUACAGUGUCUUUGGAGUUGUGGAGAAAUCGUGUAACAGGAAAAUACGGUUUUAUGGUUGUAUACGCCGCAGAAAUCGGACGCACGCCAGUAGUGUUACCAGUGGCAGGUUGCGGCGGCGGAAUGCUUUGUGACUACAACACUUUCCUUGAUUUAACCAAAGAUUUUGUACUACCACACAGUGAAUAUAAAAUGCAUUGCAAUAUAUCUUAGUAUUUACGAAAAAUGAGUUUUAUAUAUAAAAUAAAACUGUAACUAUUUCCUGUAAGAUAGAAAUUAGUUUUUAGAUAUAAAAUAUAACCUUAAAAAUGUAUAAUUUGGAUACCAUUUUUGGGUAUUUUUCAUGCCCAAAGACCGUUGAAAUCAAUUAAUAUUGAAAAAUAAUUUUUGCUAUCAAUUUAAUAAUACAUAUAGAUUAUACACAACAUAAUCAAAGUACAAUAUUAACGUACUAUAAUAAUAAAUUGGCUGUGAUUUGUA